AUGGAUGCCAGCUUCGAACCUCUCUUCAGCGUUGGCAGCCCUGCACAGAGCUUUCUUCCCCCAAAAUUGACUGCGCAAACUCUAAACCUGAGUACUGGCCUCUAUGGGGAUACUGUCGACCUCAAAGUCGCCAAAGAGCAUCCCAGCAAAUUCACAAACCCAUGGAUCCUCGCCGCCAGUGGAAGAAAGCAAGAGCCUCCACUCUUGCGCAAGAAGCUUCUCUUUGAUCCGUGUGGGCCGUCGUCUCUCGCUACAGCGAUUUACAGCCAAGCAAAGACAAUCAAGUUUGGAAUGAUCUUAUCCGACAGACUCAGCGUCCGAACCUUGGUGGGGUCAGACCACAGCAUGAGCAAAAGAGUCGGUCACGAGACACAUGCGGGUAAUAUGGCGUUUGUCGUCAGUGCACUGAGCAAAGACCAUGUUGACAGACGAGCACCACCAAAGCUGAUGAUGGGAAAGGAACCCCAACCGGACAUAUACAAGCCGGACGUGGUUGACGUUUCGCAGGGUAUGCAUUGGACGUUCCGAGGAGAAAGAGGAGCUGAAAAACAGGAACCGCCGCCCCCGAUCAAGGAUGGAAGCAACCCAAAGCAGGGGCAACAGUCAAGCAAGAGUCCAAGGGCAAACAAAGCCAUUGGCGCCAUCAAGGAGACCAAGCAGAAGUAA